AUGUCUAUUCGUGAUAUUGAUGUGGUUUUAUAUGAAGCUCGUGAUGGCAUCAAGUGCCCUGGCACCAUACAGAGUAACUUAUUUCAACACCUGCUGAUCUCACUGAAGGAGAAACCUUUGGAAUUUCACGCAUACGCGGGAAAGCAGCUUGUCUAUCUACUGAGUCUACACGGAGUAGACAUCAAUAUGAGAACAGAUUCUGGUAACACUCCACUACAAGAAUACCUCGACUUCCCAACUGUUCACCCGGCUGUAGUAGAGGCUUUCUUACGCUGUAACGCAGACGCUUAUGCGCCAAACAAGGAGGGACGAACCCCGUUUGCCUUGGCCUAUUUCAACCCACGGCUCGCGAAAGCAUUGAAGGCGGUUUUUAUGCAAUAUGUGCCAGGACUUUGGCGGGCCGUGGAAGGUGAUGACGUCAUGAAUGUUCGGAAGCUGGUUAACCAAUGGUGCCACACCAAUAUUUUCAAGGACGGCAAAUCGUUGACCCAGCUAGCGUGUGACGCCGGGUCUGAAAAUGUUGUACGCGUAGUACGGGACAUCAAACCCUCCAUGGAUCUUGCCCAUGCAGUCCUCAGCACAGACGUUCAGCGGGCCAGACUGAUUCUAACAUCCGGAGACACGGUUAAUGUGAACUUCCACAACAUGGGUGACCUAGGUGCCACGCCCUUGAACUACGCCAUACUGAACAAUGACUGUGAGAUGGUGGACCUUCUUCUGGAUAACGGAGCUAGAUUGGACAUACCGUUAACACAGGGUGAGCAUGAGAUACCUUUGUUCAUGUCACUGUUAUCUGGAGACCAUGAAAUUGAAGUGAAAACGUUAUGCAAGGUUGUGGAUAGACUGUCCAAAAAUAACAUGAAAAAGAUGUUUUUCCGGGGCAGUAAUCUUUUACUACACUGUAUUGACCACGAUGUAGAACCGGAAGUGGUAGACUGUAUCCUGAAGAAAGGGGGCGCUGCUCUUCUCACGUGCCGUGACCAGGACAAUCUCACCGCCAGGGAUUUAGCGGAUAUCAGCGAGAAGACACGCUAUGUGGAUUUGAUGGACCAGGUUGUAUCGGAUUGGUAUUUUUACCCGGAAACAGAUGACUGUAACAGGAAACUUUUAUGCCUACACGCCUAUCCUUCUAUCCCUCGGGUGCCGUUGGUGCCCAGUCAUGAAUCAGAUAGCGGUCAUUCUCCUGACCUGAAAAACAGACCGACUGGACAUGAGACGGACACAUUCUGGGAUAAACGCGAGGAAUACUUGCGCAUGGUUGAGCAGUUUCAUUCAGCUGUUGAGGAAGGUAAUCUGGAAUCUGCCGGUCAACUGAUAUACGUGGAGCACUAUUCCCGCAACUUUGAGCCUUGUUUGGCAGACGGUAGAACGAAGGUAAAUUUCCAGCCAGCUUUACACAAGGCCGUCUUGAGGGGAAAUCGAGACAUCAUGCGACUGUUGGUCGAGGCGUUCUUAUUUCUCCUGGGCCAUAGAUUAGAUUUUGUCCGUGACCAGUUCCACCGAACGGUGCUGCAUUACGCAAUGGCGGCUGAAGGAUCAGAAGAUAUGGUGGCGUAUCUGGCCGAAAAUGGGGCGUCCGAACACGUUAUGGAUAAGGAUGGCCGUUCACCACAGGUGUUCAAGGACCGGAAGGGCCAGUCGGCCAUGAGAGACCUCUUGAGAUACCAUCUAUUACAGGAUUUUACUCAAGCUGAGCCAGACCCGUGGUCGGUACCUAUGCCUGUUCCCAUCAUUGGUUACCUCAAAAAGUGUGCUCAGGAUCAUAAACACGGACACCGACUAGGCUUAAGUCAUCAUCAUCAUUAUCAUCACCAUACCACUGACAGAAGUCAUCACCACGUUAAGGCUGCAAAAAACUUAUCAGCAAUAGCCCAAAGGACAGACGAUCUCGAUGAUGAAAUUACAGAGGAAAGUGAAACUGAAAGUAAUCAAGAGACAAAUCGAUACGAAAUGGAGGACAAAGGAGAACAGUUGAGUCCAAACCAAAUGCAUGAACAAUCAUCAUGGUGUUUAAUAUUGUGAUAUUAAAUGUUAUAUCCAUUCACGGAGUAUUAAUCAUUUUGGUCCAGUCUUGAAUUUUAAAACUGAUUUCCAGUAAAAGUUUAUAUUCUGCAUGGUAUACAAACCUAUAGCUGUACUGAAACCACAUUAGUGUUCUUUCAAACAUAAAAUUGUCGUACAAUGUAAAUUUAUUAUUCUUUAUAUAGUGCAGCAAAC